AUGAGCCCCGGCGCCCUGCACAACGACAGCUUCCGCGGCAUGACCGUCCUGCAGCGCCUGAUCCUCUCCGACAGCCCCAUCUCCGCCGUCGCCCCGGGCACUUUCGACGACCUGAUCAAGCUGAAAACACUGAGGCUGUCCCGCAACGGCAUCCCCCACCUUCCCCUUGCCCUCCUGGACAGGACGCUGCUGCUGGAGCAGCUGUUCCUGGACGGCAACGCCCUGCUGACCAUCGACCCUGACCUGUUUCGGAGCCUGGCCAACCUGCAGGAGCUCGUUCUGAGUCACAAUCAACUCGCCUCGCUCCCUUCAAAGCUCUUCGCGAACCUGGGGAGGCUGAAGGUGCUGGAUCUGGCCGGGAACAACCUGACGCACCUGCCCGAGGGACUGCUCGGCGCCCAGACCAACCUCCAGGUGCUCCUGCUGCACUCAAACCAGCUCGCCUCGCUGGACGCGGGGCUGCUGCACAGCCUGGGCGCCCUGGUGCGGCUGGAGCUCCACCGGAACCGCAUCCGCUCCAUCGCCCCGGGCGCCUUCGACCGCCUGGGAAACUUGAGCUCGCUGACGCUGGCCAGAAACCGCCUGGAGCUCCUGCCGCCCGGCCUCUUCCUGCUGGAGACCACCCUGGCCUUCCUGUCCCGAGUCCCUGAGGAACUGGGGGGCAGUGAAGAGCCAAUGAGGGGACUGGAGGAUGCGGGUCCUGGCCGAGCCCCUGCACCCCGUGUUCCUGGGGAGGAGACCGGGCCUCCCCGUGGUGACUCUCAGGAGCACACACAGCUCCGGAUCCAGGCCGAGCCUUAA